GGCACCGGCACCUUAAACUCUGGUAAAUAGUAGCCUGUCAGAGAUAGAGUAUUUCUUUUCUGGUAGGCUAGGACGCCGUAGUUCCAAGUGUGAUUAGCAUUGUGUACGAGUGUACAUUUUAAAACAUUACUUCACAGUCACACUAGACGUCCUAGGAAUGGCUAGUUUUGUUAAAGAUCUGAUGAGGCAAUAUGAUGAAGCCUAUCCAACUGCAGACCCUCGGACAAGGAACUGGUUUUUGGUGUCAGACUGCCCAUAUCCUGUAUGGAUUCUAACAUUCCUGUACUUGGCCAUGGUGGCUCUAGGCCCUCGUCUUAUGCGUGACCGCAAGCCAUUGUCUCUGCAGUGGUUUAUGGUUAUUUAUAACCUGGGUCUCGUCGGCCUGUCCAUAUACAUGUUUGCAGAGAUCCUUCUCAGUGUAUGGGAUGCCGGAUAUGACAUGGUGUGUGCCAGUUACAAUAAGGAUUCCAUCACUAACCCAAAGGAACUGAGGGUAGCCAAAGUGCUCUGGUGGUACUUCUUCUCUAAAGCUAUUGAGCUCUUGGACACUGUGUGCAUGAUUGCACGCAAAAAGUUUGAGCAAGUUACAUUUUUACAUUGGUUUCAUCAUGCUAGUAUGCUUAACAUCUGGUGGUGGACGAUGAUGUUUAUACCAGGGGGAAUGUCUUGGUUUGGUAGCUGCAUGAACUGUCUCGUCCACGUAGUAAUGUACUUAUAUUAUGGUCUCUCUGCCAUUCCAUCACUCAGAAAAAAAUUAUGGUGGAAGCGAUACAUCACUCGUUUUCAGUUGCUCCAGUUUUGCAUCACCUUUACUCAUACUGUAAAUUCCAUCCGUGUGGGUUGUGAUUUCCCACGUUGGGGUCAGAACCUUCUAGCUGGGUAUAUGGUAGCCAUGCUCAUCCUCUUUGGUAACUUUUACAUGCAAGCUUACAUCAGGCGAGGCAGCAAGGAAAAUACAAUCUCACCCUCAGCCACUGAAGAGAGUGUCAGUGCCUUCAAUGCGAAGAAACUGCAGCAGUCAAAUGGGGAAGUAGAAACUAAUGGACAUGGUCCACGUGCCAAAGUAGAAUAAAAAAUUUAAACAGUUUAAAAAAGCACCUGCUUGACUGAUAUCGUCUUGGGAGGAGGAACUAUUGUGUUGAAAAAAAGACAGUCAAAAUUUAAAGCAAAUUCAAAUCCGUUGUAUUGAGAACAACUUCAAAAUGUGUAGUAAAUAACCAUCUAUUAUAAUAAGCGUAGAGAAUUGAUAUAAAUUGUUUGGAUAAGUAUCAAUAUAGUCAAAGUAAUCUAUAAAAAAUAUUUUGCUCAUUGUUGGGGAUUUUUUUUUGGGGGGGGUAGAGGAUGCUAAAUUAUUCAUUUUAUGUUUUUUCAAUUUCAUUCUGGCAACAUUGUGUAAAUAAUAUGAAUACACACAAGAAUUAUAUCGAAUGUUUGUCCCCUCUUUAGACAUUAUCAUUUAUGCAGGCUAGUGUUGACUUAUCUAUUUAAUUUAUAAGGAUUCUAAUAACUUUUUAGUAAAUGCUUGCUAUUGGGUUGUUUUUUUUUUAAAUAUCUGAUUAUAUAAGACAUUUUCGUCUUAAUCCAUUUUCUUAGCCAAAAAAUUUUUUUAAUACUUUUGUUAAAAAUUGGUCUUCAGGCAAUAUUUUAAACUUUCUGUACAGUAACUUUUAGGAGUUGCUCUUUACAUCCUAGAUGUAGUUUGAUUUUUUUUUUUAGUUUUUAACCAACUGCAAUCAAAACCAUUUAUAUCUAGAAAAUACACAAUUCAUCUGUACUGAGAUUAUUAUCUGGAUUUUAUUUUAUAAGUUAAUCUUGAUUAUGACACCAUUUAUUAUAUUUGUAACUUUUGUUAACAAAUGUUAAAGGUCAGAGCAUCUUUUAAGUGGAACUAGAACACUUUUUUUUUAAAUAGAACAUUUCAUAUAUUGCAUUUUUAAAAGAAUUUUUUUUUUAUGAAACUGGUAAUGGUUAAUUUUGGUGCACAAACAGUGUUUCUAGGUCACAAGAAAUAUGGAUAUAAUCAUUUAACCUGUACAUUUUGAUUGAGGUGUUGCCAAGAUCGUAAUGAAAAAUCUUUAGUACAGUUGGUAGUUUCAGAAAAUAAAAGAUGCAUUAAAGGUAUGUCUUUUUAAGACUCCCACCUUUUUAAUCUUUCAUUCAUAGUCAUCUGCCAUACAGUAUUUUAGAAAUUUAUACAGUCUUACGGGCACAUAAAUAUUUAUAUACUUAGUGUUAUUUAAAAGGUUUUCCCCCACUUUAUUUAUAUUGCUCCCAACAUGUUUUAGUUGAUUUUUGUUGAUAGUGCGAAUGAUGAAUUGAUUUCUUGUCUGAGAGUCAUCAUUAUAUGAAGUGCUGAAAGUUUUAUUUGUUAAAACCAGGGAUUUGUUUUUAAAAGGUUAGUCAGAAUGAGUUUUAGUGAAAGUUUUAUUUUGGCUUAAAAGUGGCUAGUGUGUUUUUGUAUACAGAAGCACCUGUUUAAAAAUAUAUAUAUAUAUAUUUAGAGUACUUUUAGUAAAUUCCAUUUUUUGCUUGAAGGUGUUAAAAGAAAAUAUUACUUUUUUUAAACAGGCAGUAUGGUGCAGUUUAAAAAUACAUUUUGCACAUUUGGUUACUUUUCAUAAUAGGUUUGAUAUUAUACACAUUUCAAUUUGAUAUUUCCUGGAUAGUUGAAACAAAUCAUUCUAUUGAAACAUGUUAGUUACAAAACAUAAUUUUAAUAGCUGGUUUUGGUUUGGUAUGUUCAGAAAUUAAGGAAACCUGGCUCAGAAAUGAACCAAUGUUUUUCAAGUGCAUAAUUAACUUAUUUUAAACCUUCUUUAUAGGAAUAAACUUAGCAUUUAUAAACUUAAGUCCAUGGUUGAUUUAUUAAAGUUUGAAUAAGGGCAUGCUGAUUGUUACAGGUAUUUGUGUUCACAAGUACAGGUUCAUACAGAUUUUGAGUUUUUUAAUUUGUUGAAGAUUGUUAAAAUUAAUAUUUUUAUACUCUUGUGAAGCUUCUUCAAGUGAAUGUUUUUAUUACUGUGCAAUGUUUUAGUACAUUGAGUAUGUGAAAUACUUCUUUGAAACCUCAAUGUUCAUAUUUGUUUUCAUGCUGGAUUCUUUUAGUACUUAUUUAGUUACACCGGUGGUAUUUAGAAACUCCCACAUAUUAGCUCAUUCUGUCCUGCUCAGCUACUUAAGUCAUAGAAAAGGGCUUUUGUGAUUUUUUUUUUUUUUAAUUAAAAACAUUUAAUUUAGGGUUUUGUUUUAAUGGUAGAGUGGAUUGAAGUUGCAUAAGUAAAAAAUUAACAUUGUUUUAACUUUGAGCACAUCAGGUAGAUGAAUAUUUCUAGUUGUAUUUUUUUAGUACACCUGGUCAUUUUCAAGAAAAUGUGUAAUAAAGGUGUGAUUAUU